AUGGUGCAUACAAUAUCAAGUAUAAGGACCUUAGUUGGUUCCAAAUCAGCAAUUAGAAAAUUUGCUACAACUCCACCAAACAACAAAGCAGCUUGCUCAUUGGUUCAACCUGUGCAUCAUUUGAUUAAGAUCGAUAAAUCCAAGUUAACAACAAGAUUUGAUGGCUUGAAGUUUGAUAAAGAUGAUAUAAGAUCUCCAGCUUACAAACCAAAGGAUACACGUCAAGACAGAUUAAAGGAACAUUAUUUAAAUACUCUUCAGUCUGAUAUACUAUUAAUAAAUUACAAACAUAAUGCAACUGUUGAAAAAGGUUUAAAGAAUAGGGAAUGGGAUGGUACGUCUCCAUACCAGAUAAAUAGGCCAAUGAGAAAACCAAAGGGUUCAAAUUCAGAACUCCCAGAUACACAUCCAAUCAAAUGGAACAAUAUUCCCGGCUUAAAAAGUAUGACACUCAACUGUUAUGUCAGAGAAGCAAGAGAUAAUGAAAUGUUAACCAUUAGUGCAGCAUUACAAUUACAACAGUUAACUGGUUGUAAACCAAAGAUUAUAUAUUCAAAAUCAGAUGUUCCAAAUUGGAAAAUUAGAAAAGGUCAUGCUAUGGGUGCAAAAGUCACUUUGGAAGGUUACGAAAUGUCCCAAUUUCUAAAUACUCUUUCUGAAAUUGUUCUUCCAAGAAUUAGAGAGUACAAAGGUAUUAAUAUGUCGUCAGGGGAUAGAUUUGGUGGUAUUGCAUUUGGUUUAGACGAGGAAGAGGUGAAAUUUUUCCCAGAGAUUGAUUUGAACCAAGAUUUAUGGCCAAAGACGUUUGGUAUGCAUAUUAAUGUAAAUACUACUGCACAAACCAACGAACAAGCCAGAACCUUGGUUAGUAGUUUACAAAUUCCUUUCAACACUGAAAAUGAACAAAGAAUGUAA